ACCUCUUCGUGUCUCUGUGGUCUCGGGUUUGGACAUUUCUGCCUCCUCUGCUUGUUUAUCAUAAGACUGCAGCUGCAGGUGGAAAUUCUAGUCCCAAACCCUGGUGUCUGAGUGCCAUGACCUUUAGAUGACUCUUCAUUUUCAGAGAAAGCUAAACCCCCGGUGUCACUUUCUGUAAAGCUGAUUUUCCCCCAGUUUGUGUGACUCAGUACAGACGAUUUCCUUCGUCUAAAUUUUCCUGCUUUAUUCUCCUUAUUUGGAUGAAAAAUGACCCACUGUUGGCGACACAGUUUAUUUUUACUUGGGUGCACAUGCGUCGUCCUCCUGCCACAAAUAUUCACAGAAUGUGGAUUCAUCCGCUGCUGAAAAUAGUCCUGAAGACGAGCGCUCUCUUCUCCUGUUUCGUUAAAAAUACCAGCGUUUGUGAGGCUUGAAAAAAAGCCAGUGUUCAGGUGAAGCCACAGACGGAGAGGAAGUCAGAUCGUGUUCGAGGCCACGUUCUCCUGGUUUGGGCUGAGAACUUUGAGGACUUCCUGUUCCAUCGAUGGGGCGCUCUUUCAGAACGAAUGAGGCCCUCAUGGGAAAAACUGUUAAGGCUGACAGUGAAUGCAGCUGUGAGCAGCCCAGCAGCCUCUCUGCUUUCACCUCCCGACGAGCGCCACAUCACCUCACGAUGACUCCUGCCAUCAAUCUCAGCACUGGCGGCGCUCCGGAGAAGUCCUGCAUCGUCAACGACCAGAUGGGACCCUUCACAGUUCUCUACAUCCUCAUCUUCAUCAUCAGUCUGCCUGGAAAUCUGGUGUCAGUGUGGGCCUUCAUCCACAGCCCCAGAGCCAAGCAGAAGAGCGCCAGCAUCUACCUGAUUAACCUGCUGGUGGCCGACCUGCUGCUCCUGCUCGCGCUGCCCUUUAAGAUCAUGAAGGACCUCGGGGUGGCGCCGUGGAACCUCAUGGUGUUCCACUGCCAGGCCAGCGCCGUCACCAUCUACAUCAGCCUCUACGCAUCCAUCGCCUUCCUCGCCUUCAUCAUCACGGACCGCUACCUGCAGGAAUGCCACACUGUGCGCUCUCUGCGGCUGCAGGAGGUCGGCUUCGCCCGGCUGCUGUCGCUGGUCGUUUGGCUGCUGCUGCUGCUCAUCAUGGUGCCCAACAUGGCCCUGCCCAUAAAACAGGUCAAGGAGCAGACCUACCUCAGCUGCUCUUCACUGAAGAAGGACAUCAGCCUCCACUGGCAUGCCCUCACCGUCUUCCUUUGCACGGCGCUCUUCCUCAACGCCUCUGCCGCCACACUCAUCUCCAGCACCCUGGCCGUGAAAAAGCUCCUGCGCAGCCGCAGCGACCCCAAACUCUGGGCGAGUGCCAGGAAGGUUGCGGCGAGCGUGGCGGCCGUGGCGUUGGCCUACGUUUUCAGCUUCGUCCCCUACCACGUGGUCCGCACGCCGUACACGCUGGCCCAGACCAAAGUCAUCACAGACUGUGAAACCAAGAAGCGGCUGUUUCUGGGGAAGGAGUCCACGCUGCUGCUGAGCGUGCUCCACCUCUGCUUCGACCCACUCAUCUUCUUCUACCUUAACGCCCCGUUCAGACACACCAUCAGAAAGCUGUUUCCCUGCCUCGGAAACCACGCCAUCAGCAACGCAAAGGAAGAGGCGGCAGAGGAAAUGAUGCAGCCGGCGACCUCUGCACAGCAGGAGGCUGCAUGCUAACCGCACUGUCUCCUCCAGGAUGGUGGUUAGCUUAGCACAGUGACUGGAAAGUGUUAGCUUAAAAUGCACUCUACAAAGACUACAAACAUGGACUAAAGACUUACAGAUGCUCCUCCAUGUGCAACAGGAUUCAACUUGACUUAUUAAACUUAUAGAUGAUUACUCACUGUUCAGUUUUUAUCAGUGUGACUGAUGUUAAUAAAAUAAGGACAAACAGGUGAAAUUAUUAAAACUCUGUGAUGCUGUUA